AUGGGAAGCGACGGGACGAUCGCGUCGACGUCGGGGGCGGCGUUCGCGUGCGGACUGUGCCCGACGGCGCGGCGGAACGGACGGCCGAGGAAGUCGUUGCGACGAUGUUACGACGCGUUGGACGCGGACGAACGGCUCCCGCCGACGCUCAUGGAACGCCGAGACGCGGUGCCGACGGCGCUGCAUCAAGCGUGCGCGUUGUGGUGCCCGGAGGUGUACUUUGACGCGGCGACGGAACGGUUGAGAAACGUGCGGGAGGCGGUGACGCGGGCGAGGCGAUUACGAUGUCAUCGGUGCGGCGAGAGGGGGGCCGCGGUGGGGUGCGCGAUCGAUGCGUGUCCGAGGAGUUAUCACUUGGUGUGCGCGCACGAGGAUGGGUGCGCGUUCGCGGUGGGGGAGUUUGCGCUCGCGUGCCCGAGGCACGUCGGACGAUUGGCGCGAGAGCGCCCGGACGCGCGGUGGGCCGAGGUUGGCGUGGAGGAGGACGUCGUCGGGGACGUCAAUGGAGAUUUGAAUGGGAAUGGGAUCGAAGGGGCGGUGGGAGAUGGCGCGAACGGGGUCGGUGGAACGGGCGCGCCGGCGGGCCCGGCGGCGGUGGCGACGAUGGCGGUGAAAGGAGCGACGCCAAUUUUAAACAGGAUUCGCGCCGCGGCGGAGAUGAAUCGAGGGAUGAAUCAGAAGAAGAAAAAGAAAAAACGGGCGCGGUUGAACGACGACCGGUUCAUGAACACACGUGAGGGGGCGAUAUAUCGCACCGUCAUCGAGGCUGGCGCGCGCAUGAACGCGGAGAAGGACAAGGUGGGCGCCAUCGAGGACGACGACGAGGCGUUUCGCCUUCGGGAGUCCAGGAGAUUGGAUAAGGACAAGGCGGAAAUCCCGCGGGUGAUAAUUGGUGGUGGACUCGGGACGUCGGAGUACUCCCAAGGGUGGGAAUCGCUCGCGGGGAUGGAGGAGCACGUCAAGACGCUCAAGGAGAUGACGCUGCUGCCGUUGACGUAUCCAGAGAUAUUCGAGCGUCUGGGCGCGGGCGCCGCGCGCGGGGUGUUGUUACACGGUCCACCGGGGACGGGGAAGACGGCAGCCGUGCGCGCGAUGCUCGGCGCCGCCGCGCGAGGACCGACACCGAUUAGCUUUUUCAGUCGCCUCGGGGCGGAUUGUUUGGGCAAGUACAGCGGCGAGGCCGAACGCAAGCUUCGUUUACUCUUUGAGGAGGCGGAAAAGCGACAGCCGAGCAUAAUAUUCUUUGACGAGAUCGACGGGUUAGCGCCAGCGAGGCGAGGUGGGGGGAGUUCAGGGGCACAGGAUGAGAUUCAUUCCUCCGUCGUCGCGACGCUUCUCGCCCUGAUGGAUGGACUCUCGGGGCGUGGCUCCGUCGUCGUCAUCGCGUCGACGAACAGACCAGACGCCGUGGACGCUGCGCUUCGGCGACCGGGACGAUUCGAUCGCGAGUUGUUCUUCGGCUUGCCGGACGUGCGCGCGCGGGCGGAAAUACUGGACGUGCACACGCGCGCGUGGACACCGCGGCCGAAUCGAGCGACUCUCGAUGCCUUGGCGGGUCUCACCGAAGGUUGCGCCGGGGCAGAUCUGCGCGCUAUCGCGAACGCGGCACUCAUGAGCGCACUAAGACGAUCUUGUCCGUCGCUCUUGCGCGGUGAUCCAACGCGUGAUUCGCUCGCGGCUGAACUCGAGGCGCGGCUGCCGCCGCCGGAGAGCGCGCAGACAGCGCUCGACGAGGCGAGCCGCGCGAGUGCGUCCGGACACGUCGGCGCCCAGUUGACGCUCAAGCAAUUUGAAGCGCUUGCGACGCGCGUGCGUGUGUACUGGCCGAUCGAAGAUGCGCAUCACGAGGCCACGAUUGUCGGGUACGACAGGAACGCCGCGUGUCAUCGACUGCGGUAUGACGACUCCAAUCUCUUCGACGGCGAGGAAGUUUGGAUGCAGCUCUUCAGACCGAACGUGGACGUGCGAGUGCUCGAGUACGAUGAGAUGGAUGUAAAUUUCAUCGUCGGAGGGAAUCCCACGUACAAGGCGACGACGCGCGCGCGUGUACGCGAGACGGUCGGACAUGCGAGAACGCUCCUGAAGAGUUAUCGAGCUAGUCGACGCGACGGUGUCUCCGUUUCUUUCGCCGAUUGGCAAUGCGCGCUGAAGACGACUUCUAGCGCGUGCUCGGCGAGAAGCGCGAGCGCCGCGCUCGUGCCUCGAGGCAAACCACUCGAUGAGUACAUGAAACCUCUACUGGGCGACUCGGCGCGACGCGCGGUAGACGAGCUCAUCAAGCGCGGCGCUGCGCCAGCGAGCGAUGACGAAUGCGGUGACGCGAAUAACGAGGAAAAGGGAUCCACAGUCAAGAGUUGUCGCAUACUCUUGGCUGGAGAGGGCGAUAACGGUCAGCAAGAGGUUAUGGACGUCGUCUUGAACCGGUUGAACGCGACGUCAUCGCACCUGGUAAAUCUGGCUUCGCUCAUAUCUCACGGCGACGGCGACGCCGCGCGCGGCGUUGCACUGUCGCUCCACGAACCCCUUCGCCAGGCCAUGCGCACGCAGACGACGUUAGUGAUGCCUAAUUUGGAUCUCUGGGCGUUGGCCAGGACCGAUGACGAGAACGGCGAAGAGGGCGUGACAACGAGCGCGCUCUGGGAUCUCGUGCAAACCACCGUCUCGGAGUGUUACGCGGACGACGGGAACGAAUCUUCAGGGUCGCUUUGCGUAGUCGCUUCGGUUGGAUUGCCACACAGUGCUCUUCCGAGCGGCAUCAAACAUUUUUUCGAAAAAUCGGGCACCGUUUUGAACGUCGAGCCGAAUCUGUGCGAGACGUCAAUCUCGUGUAGCUUCGGGCUCGCGGCAGCACACAUCGGCAAAGACGUCGAGUCGGCGCACAGAGAAGCGCAAGCGCGCAAGUCAAUGGCGUCGCAAGUUAUAACGUCGAUGUCACAACGCGUCGCGGAGAUGAGACCGAACAACGCGGAGACGACCGAGACGGCGGAAGCUGCGUGCGAAGCGCUUCGAAUUCGUGUCAGACGAACUCGCGCCGUCGUACGAGGGGCGAUUGCAAAGUGCGUGAAAGAGCUGCUCAAGACGCGUCGAUUCGACCGCUUCUUCGAUAGAUCUGAACAGGCGGGUAAUUUGAUUCGGUUAGCGCUCGACCGCAAGAUUGGCGACCCGAACAGAUUCAUCAAGGAUCUUCGUGCGUGCGCCAAGGCGCUUAAGCCACGACGGAACACGCACUCAAACGUGCAUAAACCGGUCGUUUCUCUGGGAUUCAACGCCGUGGACACGCUCGAGAGUUGGUUCCAUCUCGGGGUGACCGAACUGUACGAACAAUACGUCGAAAAAGACGCCGAGUACGACGAGGCGUUGCGCCGAGCGGCGACAGCUCUACCUCGAACCGCUGCGAGCGAACCGCUCGACUUAGUUGACUAUACCGUGAAGACGACGACGACGACAAACGUUGUUCCAUCAUUACCCCCGAUCGAUCGCAAGAGCAUCGUCGACGAAGUCACGACGGCACUCAAGACGGGUUUGUCAUCGUGCAACACGCUCGCUGAAUUCAGAGCGCUCGUUGACGACGUUCGAUCGAUCAAACGCGCCGAAAUGCGGCGACGCGUGGAGUGCGCGUGUUAG